GUUGUACGUUUGUUUUGUUGAUGGUGGAUGUCAGAUUUCGCUGGAAACAAACAUCACCGUCGCUCGCCGCGCGUUACGCAAGGUUUUUGCGAAGUAUUUUUUUUUUGUUCGUAUGAGACGAAACUGCGUCACCAGGCUGCGUCAUACUCAUUUUUGUGAAAUUUUAUUCGGAAUAUUUGGCGGAAGCUAAUGCUAACGAAGGCAGGCGUUUAUGGUGGAAAACACCGUUAGCUUGCAUGCCUACUACCUAACCAUUAAUUCACAAAAUUUACAAAAACAAGCAAACAAAAAAAAAACAUGCGACAUGGGUUAGCUAAUUAAUUGCCCUCCGGUAUGCACUCUAUCUGCUGUAUUUGGUGUUUUUGAUAAAUUAGCUUGAAGCAGGUUUCAGAGGCGGCUUAGCUCAGUCUUAGCUUCACAUUCUUGCUAAGUAAACACAGAAAAGCCCGUGGAGGUGCUGGCGUUUUGGGCCGUCAUCUGCAUUUUCCCCGAGAAAACCAUGCUAUGAUGGUGCUACGGCGAUUACUGAGAAAACGAUGGGUGCUGGGGGUAGUCUUCGGAUUGUCCCUCAUCUACUUCCUCACCAGCACUCUCAAACAGGAGGAGCGGACCAUACGGGACCGCACACUCCUGGAGGUUAGAGAUCCAGACCAUCGCAUCCCCUGGAAAGUACGUUUCAACCUGGGCAACAGCAGCCGACAGAUGACUCAGUGCAGAAACUCCAUCCAGGGCAAGACGCUGCUCACAGACGAACUUGGCUACGUCUGCGAGAGGAAGGAUUUGCUGGUGAAUGGCUGCUGUAACUUCAAUGCUCCCAGCACCAGGCAGUACAUUUGUAAAAGCUGUCUGGCUAACGGCUGCUGUAGCAUCUAUGAGUAUUGCGUGUCUUGCUGCCUGCAGCCUGAUAAGCAACCGCUCCUUGAGCGCUUCCUGAAUCGUGCAGCUGAAGGUUUCCAGAACCUCUUCACUGCUGUGGAGGAUCAUUUUGAGCUGUGUCUGGCCAAGUGUCGGACAUCUUCACAGAGUGUUCAGCAUGAGAACACCUACAGAAACCCUCAAGCAAAGUACUGCUAUGGCGAGAGUCCACCCGAGCUCCUCCCUGUGUGAGGGAGUGCGGAAUAAUGGGGACGAGUAACGGCUCAAUAAAACCUCACUGUUUUAUUUCCCCACCGAAGGGGAUGCUUGAAGAAGAAGAAAGAAGAAGAGGCAGCGAAAUGCCGUCCAGGACAAUUUUUUUAUUUUAUGUUUUUUUUUUUUGUUUGUUUGUUUUUUUUUUUUUUUUUACAUUAUUGCGGCAAGAAGAUGAAGGUGUCAAAGACCGACCUCAAAAAUGCUGUAUGUGAUUUGAUUAUUUACACUUCAUAAGUGCAUAGAAAGGCUUCAUACAUUCAUCCGUGAUGAUCAUCAGGUCUACGUAACAGGCAGCUCAUCCAUCAGGAUUUGCUUCACAUCUGGUCAUAAAACAAUUUUUCUUUUUUUUUUUUAAUUUAGUUUUUUUGGCUUCAUUGAACACAUCAGUGUCAUUUACCCAUGUGCUAUAAUGUGUACAGUGCAUGCAUAUGAAACGGCUAUUUAAUAAAGUUGACUGUGAAACAAG